AUGAUGUACUGCAUGCUCUUUGUUAGCCUAGUUCUAAUAAAAUUUAGUGGAUCACAUAUUAUUCACGCAACAAGUCCUAUAAAUCAAACUUGUCUUAAUCUUGGUCAUGCAAAUAAUUGUCAUUUUUAUCAAUGUUUUGAAGAACGUUUUCCAUGUGGAUCAGCAUAUUGGAUAUUAAAAUGGGGUUAUAAAUAUUGUACACGUAUGCAAAAAUCUUUACUAAAUUUUGAUAAAAAUGGUCAAGAAUUAAUUGAACAAAUAUCAACAUGUUUAACAAAUAAAUUGAUUAAAUUACGCUAUUAUACAAUGAAUAAAAUAAAUUGUGAAAAAUUACGUUUAGCUGGACAAAGGAUGGUACAUGAAUGCUAUAUGAAUAGUUCAAAUUUAUUUUGUAAGGCAUUUCAAGGAAAAAAUCGUGAUUGUUUUAUUCAAUUAAUUGAUAAUGAAGAUCGACAUGAUGUAACUAUUGUACGUACAUUAUUAAGUGUUGGUCAAACAUGUACACCGAAAAAAAGACUUUCUGAUAUGAGACCUACUGGUAAAAUGAAUCAAUGUAUAUCUUCGCCUACGUUAUUAACUUAA